UGCGGGCGUCGCUCGCACGCCGCCUCCCCUCGUUUUCCGCCUCCCCCCAACUCCUCCCCCUCUCCCUCGUGCAGCCGAGCCAACCACUGCAGCGGAGCGGGGCGGGGGGGCAAGACGAAGAUAAGUAGAAGCGGAAGGAGCCCUCGGAUCGGGGGCACCACCGGAGGGCCGCCCGCUUCGGCCUGAGGUAACCGCCGGGGAACUCCGCGCGCGGAGCGGUGGGGGUGGGGGGGAUUUGACUAGAGACGGGUUUGUUGUUGGCUGGGAGCUGCAGGGGAGGUCGGCAUGGUGCCCAGGGACCGGGUGAACGCCGCCGCCGCCGCCGACGGGAGGCUGGUCCAAAGCGGUAUAGCGAAUAAGAAGUGUGAUAGGAAGGCUCCAAAGAGAAUCCAUAAAUCGGAAAGGGAGAAAAUUAAGCGAGACAAACAGAAUGAUCUCUUCAGUGAGCUGGGAAACCUUCUAGAACCAGACAGGCAGAACAAUGGGAAGGCAUGUGUGCUUGGUGAAACUACACGAAUUCUAAAAGAUUUACUUUCACAAGUGGAAUCCCUUCGAAAGGAGAAUAGUGCACUGAAGAAUGAAUCUCAUUAUGUUGCACUGGAGAGAAAUGAACUGCACGACGAUAACAGUAUGCUUCGUAGUGAAAUUUUGGACCUUCAAAAUGAGAUUAGGAUGCGGAUGGAAGGCAGUCCUGUUUGGAGUCAUGUAAAUACUGGACCAGCUCUUAGAGUAUCUUAUCCCACAAACGGAAUGUUCCCAGUACAGCACCUGCCACAUUUACCAGUCACCACAACUGUGGCAUUUCCUCAGCAGCAACCGGUUGUCAUUGAGCAGCACUAUGCCACCACACCAAGAGAGCUACAGCUCUUCCCAGAGUCCGCCACCAGUGAAGAGGACAGUGAACCAUCACAAGAACACGGGAUUUCGGAUCAUGUGACACGGCCCCAGGCAAGGUAUCCAGCACCAGGGGCUACUGUGCCUGUAAACCUAUUUCCAGUCCUUCCAGGAAUACAAGAUCAGCAGUGUAGCAGUGGUACUACUGGCACUAGCUCGAAGACCGCAUAGGCACAUUUUAGGUACAUAACGAGAGAUCCACAUCACGGUUUGAGAAUUCCAUAGCUUCAAAUUUUAACUUUUGGACUUGCAAAUACGCAACAGAAAAAUUGUAACUGUGCUCAUGGAUAGCACCCAAUCUGUAUAUCUGAAUCUCAAUCUUAGAUGGUCAAAUAGGUGACAUUCAGGUGGUUUCAAAUCCAUUAAUUAUUCUGUA